CCAGGGAGCCGCGGCGCCUCGUGCCCGGGAGCCAUCGCUGCGGCCCGAGGCCGGGUCCCGGGUCGGGGACUGCAGGGGGAGGCGGCGGCGGCGGCGGCGGGAGCCUCCCCGGGGGCCUGGGACUGGGGAACUGCCUCCGACUUCACGGCAUCAAGGGCAAGAGGUAAGGAGCUGCUGCUAGCCACCAGCCGGCAACAAAAACUCAGCCAUGGUUCAUUAAAGCAGUAACAGCCGGUCACAGGAGCUCCGGGGCAGAGUCCGAGGUGCUGAAGCUGCGGAAAGCUCCCACAAGCCCAGCAGAGGAACAAACAUUUUAUUCCCAGCCUUUAAAGAGAUGCCAGUAUGGACAGAAUAGCUUAUGAUGCUUAUCCCCAACCACCACUUCCGAGACAUUGAGCGGAAGCCAGAAUACCUGCAGCCGGAGAAGUGCGCUCCGCCUCCCUACCCUGGCCCUGCGGGAACCAUGUGGUUUAUCCGCGAUGGCUGCGGCAUCGCCUGUGCCAUUGUCACCUGGUUUCUGGUCCUCUACGCGGAGUUUGUGGUCCUCUUUGUCAUGCUGAUUCCAUCUCGAGACUACGUGUACAGCAUCAUCAAUGGAAUUCUGUUCAACCUGCUGGCCUUCUUGGCCCUGGCCUCCCACUGCCGGGCCAUGCUGACGGACCCCGGGGCAGUGCCCAAAGGAAACGCCACUAAAGAAUUCAUCGAGAGUUUACAACUGAAGCCCGGCCAGGUGGUGUACAAGUGUCCCAAGUGCUGCAGCAUCAAGCCCGACCGAGCGCACCACUGCAGUGUGUGUAAGCGGUGCAUUCGGAAGAUGGACCACCACUGUCCCUGGGUCAAUAACUGUGUGGGCGAGAACAACCAGAAGUACUUCGUCCUGUUUACAAUGUACAUAGCCCUCAUCUCCCUGCACGCCCUCAUCAUGGUGGGGUUCCACUUCCUCCACUGCUUCGAAGAAGACUGGACAACCCACGGACUGACCAGGGAAGGAAGAGCAGAGGCCCGAAUCUUUCAGCAGAAAGCGCAGCCCCUAAAAGUCAGUUCCUCAGAGUGCAGCUACUUCUCGCCGCCCACCACGGUGAUCCUCCUCAUCCUGCUGUGCUUCGAGGGGCUGCUCUUCCUCAUUUUCACGUCGGUGAUGUUCGGAACCCAGGUGCACUCCAUCUGCACGGACGAGACGGGAAUAGAGCAAUUGAAAAAGGAAGAGAGAAGAUGGGCUAAAAAAACAAAAUGGAUGAACCUGAAAGCCGUUUUCGGCCACCCCUUCUCUCUAGGCUGGGCCAGCCCCUUUGCCACGCCAGACCAAGGGAAGGCAGACCCGUCCCAGUACGUGGUCUGAAGGACCCCUGGCAGCAUUGCCACCCAGACACACACCUCCCAGCACCGCGGCCCGUGCUCACGAACAUUCAAACGAGAAAGCAAAGCAACUACUCCAAAACUUUUUUAUGACUCAAGUAAAAUGGCUCAGCAUUGCAGAGAAACAAUGUCCCCACGUUUUAUUUUUAAAAGAUCAUCCUUUCUAUUUUUUGGCAACCGAAGCUGCUCUUUUCUCCUUUCCCAAACCGCCUCUCUGGCCUCUGGUUUCCUCUCUGCUCUCUGUCUGGCAUGACUAACGUGGACGGUGCUGUCUCGGGGCCGUGCCCGCUCCCACUAACAGACGUGACGCUGGUGCGUGGAAGGACCGUCCCGACGCCUGGCUGGGGAGGCGGGGCCCCAGGCAGCUGAAACGCUCAGAAGACGGAUGCCUCCCCGGGGGCCCAGAGGGGCAGGAUCAGGGCUGGAGCCCUAAGAAGGGCCCUGGCACCGCAGCCUCAUCCCCCAAGUGGACUCGGUUUGCCUCCCAACCCACAAAAUCAAUUGCCCGAUUUGUGCUUGAUGGACUCGGGGUGUGGAGCGAUGGGGGCGGGCGGGGACCAAGGGGUCUUACAUGUAUUCUGAAUCACCAGUUCUGAUUAUGGGAAGAGUGUGAAGGAAAGCGGUCUUUCCAGUUCAAAAUGCCUUACACAAUCAAAGGAAAAAUGUGACAGUUCCGAGCGAGCUCCGUGCUCCCGUUAGUCAGCUCACUCUCCCCCCGAACGAGGCCGCUGCAGCCCUGCCGCCAGCCUUUCUCCCUCGUGUUGUAAGUCGCCAAAGGGGUUUAAUUCCUGGUGUUUACGCCCUUCGAUGUGCACGGACCCGCCUCCGGUCUGCAUUCUAACCCGGAGACUAAGCGUGAUGCCAGGGGGACGUCCCAGGCCUGACGUCAGGGCUGGCAGGUGGCCACGCAGUCCCUGGAGUCACAGGCAGCCUGAGCCAGGUGCCGGCGGGCAGCCUGCCCGGGAGCUCCCGGUUCCGUCUGCGAGAGAACAGCCUGGUGAGGAGACUGCGCCGGCCAACCGGACACUAGCAGGAAUCGAAUACUGGUCGUCUGGAUUCUCACACAUGGAUUUGUUUUUUAAGCAGUUGCCACAAGCCUCCUUUUUAGCUCUUGCUUGGGGUGGGGGAGGGUUGAGGGUUAUUGAGUCUGGUCUUGGGGAGCAGACUGGAUCUGGCCAGGUGGUUUGUCAGAGAAGGGGAACAAGCCUCUUUCAGUCCUGUCAGUGCUUCCACCUGGAAACCAAAUGCAAUAAACGUUUUCCAAAA